AUGUGUUUCGUUGGCAAGGAGGUACCUGCUUCUAUGAGAGCUGUGGAGAGUCUCCAUCACUUUGAAGGAAACAGAUACGGUGUCAAUGGUCCCAAUGUUUUUAGGAAUCUCCACACAUUGACAAGUCCUGCUUUUUUUGGGCUUGACGAGAUGCAUCUCAUUGGCCAUGGGAUCAGUCAUCAGCUAUACAAUGCAUUGAAUGGCGAAUUUAAUAUGAGUAACAAGACUGAGAACAAUAAACUGUAUUGGCAAGUCCAGACCAGACAUCUCAGCAAACUUCACUGGCAUCUGGAGAUUGCUGAAGGAAACAACCAGCAGACAGAAGGCAGUCAACUAGCUCGGCUUCCUUCUGUUUGUUAUACCAACAGUUGUGGUCCAUAA